AUGGCGACAGGAGCCCACGCGUCACGGCCAGCAGGCUUGGCGCCCCACUUGAGCCUCUCCACAGAUUCACCUCCUGUCACUCUCACACCCCAAGCACGCAGGACUUUCCAAGAAAGCUUUGCCAAAUUCGAGAAGACAGUUGUAAAACGCUCAAAAGAUGAUCAACGAGACUUUGCAGAUACUACGCUGCGCGAUGUCUGGGAAGCUGUGGGAGAAAUCGAGCGACUGCUAGCUGCAAGGCAAUGUCUUCGUAAUAUGAAGCGUCUCGAACCGUUUUUGAAUGGUCUAGAAGCAUAUGCCAAGGUGGUGGAAGUUUUGUGCAAUGGCACACCGUUCAUGCCCUGGAUAUGGUUAGCUAGCGAUCAUAUCAGCGCCUUCGAAACCCUCAUCUCAGCUUAUGCACAGAUUGCUGAGAAUUUGCCACGGUUCGAUAGACUCCGUAACGCGUUUCGUAACCACCCAGACUUCCAACAGCUUAUCGCUGUGGUAUACAGUGACAUUCUGGAAUUUCACCGACAAGCCUACAAAUUCUUCCGGAAAUCUGGAUGGAAGACUUUCUUCAAAUCAUCAUGGGGUCAGUUUGACUCCAGGUUUAGCAGUAUUUUGGCUAGUAUGCAGAGACAUGCCAGUCUAGUAGACAAGGAGGCAAACGCUUAUUCGAUAGCUGAAGUUAUGGUGUGGAGAAAAGAAGCUCGAGAGGCAGCUGUGAAAGUGGAAAAGGAGCGAUCAGCUGCCAAGCUCGUGGCAACUCUUUCAUGGCUUGGUAAUCUCCUGACAUGCAUUGAUCAGAUUCCAGGUAUAAGCAGCGUGCACUCGGAGCCUGUCAUGUUCAUCCUGGCCACGUUGGUAUCCCAAAUUCUACGUCAAAAUAUCAAGCUUUCGACUUAUGUAUACGAAGAGUUCGUCGCCGCAGCCCGAUCACCAUCAACCCGAGAGCUGCAACAAAUUUUGUCCAACUUAAUCCCUCAGUUGGACUCGCCGAGGAUACUGAUAGAUGGGAUUGAUGAGUGCAUUCACUACGGCAGUGACGGCUUACCGCGUAAUCUGGCUCCGGUGAAGGAUGUGAUUCACGCUAUCUUACAACUUGAACACUAUGGCAGCGAAUCAUCUUCGCCCAAGAUCCUCCUUGCCAGUCGAGAUAUCUUCCAAAUUACAGGUAGGCUGUCCAGAAAGCCAGUAUUGUCGCUCGAUGAUGAGAGCGAGAUCAUGACGAACGCCAUUCGGUGUUUCACCAAACAAGGGUUUCGUGAGAUUGAAGAGAGAUUCAAAAGCUUUCCAAAUGCUCAAAUCAUACUCAACCAGGCCGAAACCCGUAUUGUUUCAAAAUCUCAAGGAAUGUUUCUCUGGGUACGCCUCGUAUUGUCCCAUCUAGAACAAGAGGCUUACAGUAUGGACGAUCUGGAGGAGGCCGUCGCCAGUUUGCCUGUUACACUUAACGAGUUCAGAGCUAUCAGCGCAAUCAACUGGAUGUUAUGUGCGAGACGACCGCUACGAGCAGUAGAGCUCCAGGACGCUAUAACCUUUGCCAUGGGCUCAGAGACGCUCACAGAGAAUAACAAGUUAUCAGUGACCGUCUUAGAUCAUUGCAAGCCACUGGUUCAGCUACAUGCAGACGGCCAUGUGUCCUUCGUGCAUUUUACUGUGCAAGAAGAACUUGAAGGAAUGCUAUAUCGGUUGCUCGAUACCAUCGAUCACUAUCAGAAACAAAACAGCAAAUUCAUCUCUCAACUCCCAGUCCAGGAUUAUAAAGGCAUUCUGAGCAUGGAGCCUCGAUUACAGUAUAUGCGGCGAUACGGGGAUAUAUUCAGAGCAUGCGUGGACAUUGUUCAGCACCGACACGUCCGAAAACUCCAGUUCCACGACGCAUCCUCCACAGAUCGAUUGCCUGAUCCUACUCCCUUUAGCACAAUCAAAGCCGAAUAUGAAGUCAACGUCAACACGCUACUCGCUACUUCAACUUUUCCUGGUCUUAGUUCUGUAGAGCUAGCAACAUUUCACAGUCUCUACCAGCCAUUCGCAUUGGUAUGUCGCUAUCCUGGUUGUACAAAUAUCUCAGCCGGCUUUGCCACGCAUAUCGAUCGCGGUCGUCACGAAAUGUCUCACGCCCCACCUCUCUCAUGCGUUUAUUCGGGAUGCAAAUACACCUUACCAUUCAACUCAUUACAGAGUCUCAAGCGGCACAUUCGAGAGUCUCAGGAUGGUAUAUCGCGCUGCAUACCAGAGAGUGUACGCUCUGCGCGAGGUCAUAAUGCGCCGAGUAGUAGUCGCUUCACCCAAAAACAUGGCACAGUGGAGAUACGGCCACAGAGUAGCAUGACAGUUAAUCACAGCCCAGGCGCCUUUAUCAUCGAUUAUCAUACACCCAGUCCUGUUUCAUCGGCAGAUUGUGCUCCGAAAGAAGACGCGCGCUCUAGAGACACAAAUCGAGCGUCAGAUGACCCAUCGAAAGCUCCAGAUCAUGUGUACCUAGCGCUCACUAAAAUCAUGGGUCAGCUCGUAAAGAGCCAAGAUUCCUGGUCGUCGAUCAUGAAACAGAUAUCUGCACGAUACAUGGACCUGAAUCCAAUUAAAGAGAAACUGGCGAGUAGACUCUAUCCUACUCCAGAAACUUUCCUAUUCGAUGUCUGCACGGCACUCCGAUCGUUUCAGGUCUCGUACCUGAACUUCAUGAACGAACUUAGCCGUCAAGAACCUUUGAAGGCCAUGAUUGAAUUAGAAGAUUCAAUGUGGAACUUCAUCAGACAGCUGAAGCCCGUGGGUGCAUUCAAUCCUCUUCCAUUACACAUGAUGGAAAGCGCUUGGCGAGUAUAUACUGUCCGGGGCGAAUCUCCUCCGCAUACACGCGAAAAUCUACCCAAACCGAUCGUUAUCACACAGUCAUCUCCUCUCAAUCUUAAAAAAACAGUCGUUUCCGAAAGAACAAUCGAUGUUGGGACGACUCACACCGAGAGCCCACUUCACCAUCUUUCUGUAAAACCUUCUGAAUCUCCACAACUUGCAACGGGUUCCCUUGGCCCAUGUACAUCUACAAAGAAGCCAUACAAACGGCACUCGCUGAUCAUGGCUCUGAACUCGACGAAUGACACCGAGUUAAACCCAAUAUUAUCUGGUUUCAUUCGUAGUUAUCACGAGAGUGGCCACGGUUUGGGUAUUGCUUUGGAAUGGCACCAGCUUAUCCACCUAGAAGAGCGCGGUCGGGUAGCUAACUACUGUUAUACACAUCUUCAUCGCCGACAGGAGGUUGAUAUGUCAGCCAUGUCUGAAGCCUUUGGAAUUGAGGUGCAUGCUUUCGCCGAAGCGCACUCGAAAGAAGAAUAUAUCGAUAUAAUUGAGCAGAAGUUUGCUAUGGAAGAACGAGGGGAUAUGCAGCAGCCACUCGAAGAUGAAACCCAAGCUGGGGAUAGUAGGAUCGCUGUUUUGGACCCCUAUGGGACAGACCCCUCUGAUCUCCAAACUAGGGAAAGUGGCAUCCAAAAUCUCGAAUCCAACUCUCUAGCGACAAAGGCAGUACCAGCAGCAUUGUCGGCAUCUCCGGAUUCAUCUUCAGAUUUGUUAGCCGAAGUACCUGGUACACCACGCUCAUGGCCACCCUCACGUCCAAGUUUCCCAGGGAGACAGGCAGCACGCACCGCAUCAUAA